AUGGGGGCAGCCAUCUCCCAGGGGGCCCUCAUUGCCAUCGUCUGCAACGGCCUUGUAGGCUUCUUGCUGCUGCUGCUCUGGGUCAUUCUCUGCUGGGCCUGCCAUUCCCGCUCUGUGGACAUCGACUCUCUCUCGGAAUCCAGUCCCAACUCCAGCCCUGGCCCCUGUCCUGAGAAGGCACCCCCGCCUCAGAAGCCCAGCCAUGAAGGCAGCUACCUGCUGCAGCCCUGACGGCCCCUCGCCGAGCCUGGAGUCUGGGGCCUAAGUCUGCCCCUCCCAGAGCCUGGAAUCAGGAUCCCAGGGUCUAGCCAGCCUGGGGUCCAGAACCCAGAGUCCAGCCUGUCUGGAGCUGGACCUAGCAGCCCAGAGUCUAGCCGGUCUAGCCCCAGAGGCACUCUGGUGGCCCUUCGUACAGGCCUGGGGUGGGGGUUCAUGAGUUGGUGCUAGGGCCAGGGCCAUCUUGACUCUGCUCCAUACUGAGGGCCAGGGACUGGGGCUACCUUUCCCUAGGCCAAUUGCCUCCAGGCCCUUGAGGUUGGGGAAGCAAACUGGAAUCCAUGGCAAUAACGGGAGGGCGUCCAGGCUGGGCCCCUCCUCGGGUCCUCCCACUGUUUGCUGGAUAAUAAAUGGAACUAUGGCUCUA